AUGGUCUGCGAAUCCAUGAGAUAUAAAGAGAUAUCCCACUAUUUUGGCCAACGCCAUGCAGACAAUGAUCCACCAACCCCCCGUAUUACAUUGCUUCAGAACUGGUGGAGCACUCUUUCUUACGCGCUGAUGCGGGAUGACGCUAAUCCCCGUAGGAUUGGGGUACUCGGUAUGGUGCUCUUCCAGAACGUACCAGUCGACAAUUCGCAGGCCGUCAUUAGGCAGGUUCCAGCCCAAUACGGCCGACAUCUGCUCGAGCUCUUCAACAUGCGGGAUUUGAACAUCAAUAGUGAAGGUCCAGGCAAACUCUACGGCGCUAUCACCGCAAUCAACCAGCUACAGAGUGAUUCUAUUUAUAAACGAGGCAGAGAAGAUCACGAGUCCAUUGAGGCUGGCCAAAAUGCCACUCUGACUGGCCCAUCUCGCACUAUAUCAGCCGCCGAUUAUUUCACCAUCAACUUUAAUCUCAAGGACAGGGACGCUUCAUCCGCCGAUGACGAGGUCGCCCAAAGUCAGAUCAUAUGGAAUGCCAAUGAUCAAACCAACAACUAUGGCAAGCUUCGAACAGAGACCAUCAAUGGCCCUUUCGGCUAG